CAACCCUGCGGUGGCAGCGACGUAUAACCGAGCUCGACAAACGCCUCAUCUCCUCCUCUCUUAUUUUUACCCUUCCGAGGAGCACCACCCGGCUGUGUCACCCCAUCCCAACCCUGCCCCUCGGCUCUCUGCAGGUCGGAACAGGUUCCCGAGUGAGUGACACGCAGACAGCGGCGCUAAAGGGCAGGAUAAACCAGUAGUAGUGUGACUAGAAGCGACCAGGACGACCAGUGGUAGAGGGACUAGAAGCGACCACAACAUGUUGGACGUCGGUGACCCCAUGAAGGUGGAAGUUCCUAGGCUAGACACCUUGCUGGCCAGGGACCCUUACCUCAAGGACCACGAGAGGGAGAUAAGACGCAGGUAUGGAUGCUUCAAAAUGUUGCUGGAUAAGAUUGACGAAACAGAAGAUGGGCUCGAGAAAUUUUCCCGUGGGUACGAAAAGUUUGGUCUACAUGUGAAUCCAGACAACAGUGUGACCUGCGUCGAAUGGGCUCCCAUGGCACAAGGACUUUUCCUCAAAGGAGAUUUUAAUAGCUGGAAUAAAUUGAGUCAUCCGUUUAAAAAACUGGAAUAUGGUAAAUGGGAAAUAAACAUACCAGCCAAUCCAGACGGUUCGUGCCCCAUUAAACAUGCGUCACGAGUGAAGAUUGGCGUGAUGAACACAGGCGAUCAGAUGGGCCUGCUAACUCCAAAGGACAGGAUGGAGGACAGAUUAUGCCCCUGGGCAUCGUAUGUGGUCCAGCCCCCCAAGUCAGAGGGCACAGCAUUUCAGCACCACUUCUGGAACCCCCCACCUCAAGAGCGAUAUUCAUUUAAACACCCUCGACCUCACAAACCAAUGAGCUUAAAAGUGUACGAGUGUCAUGUUGGUAUUGGCACGGACCAGCUUAAAGUUGGAACCUACAAGGAGUUUUCCAAGAAUGUUCUUCCUAGGAUUGUGAAACUGGGUUAUAAUGCCAUCCAGGUGAUGGCAAUCAUGGAGCACGCAUACUAUGCCAGUUUUGGUUACCAAGUCACCAGCUUCUUUGCUGCUUCAAGUCGUUAUGGUACACCAGAGGAGCUGAAGGAAAUGGUUGAUACAGCACACUCCAUGGGUCUGUUCGUCCUUCUGGAUGUUGUGCACUCGCAUGCCUCCAAAAAUGUGCUCGACGGACUUAAUGAGUUUGAUGGCUCGGACUCGUGCUAUUUCCAUAGUGGUUCACGGGGAACUCACUCUCUCUGGGACUCGAGACUCUUCAAUUAUUCCAAUUGGGAAGUGCUGCGUUUUCUGCUGUCCAAUCUGCGAUGGUAUCUUGAAGAAUACAAAUUUGAUGGUUUUAGAUUUGAUGGCGUGACAUCCAUGUUGUACCAUUCUCAUGGUAUUGGAGAAGGCUUCAGUGGACAUUAUAACGAGUAUUUUGGGUUAAAUGUUGACACGGAAGCUCUUGUUUACCUUAUGCUAGCUAACUACAUGCUGCACAAGCUGCACCCUGAGGUCAUCACCGUUGCUGAGGACGUGUCUGGAAUGCCAGCCUUGUGUCGGCCAGUUGAAGAAGGUGGCACUGGCUUUGAUUAUCGCUUGGGAAUGGCAAUCCCUGAUCACUGGAUCAAACUGCUCAAAGAAAAGGCUGAUGAUGACUGGGACAUGGGAAACCUCUGCCAUACCCUGGAGAAUCGACGUUACAUGGAGAAAACCAUUGCUUACGCUGAAUCUCACGAUCAAGCUCUUGUGGGGGACAAAACAAUCGCUUUCUGGCUUAUGGACAAGGAGAUGUAUACGAGCAUGUCUAAGUUGUCUCCUCCUAACCUGAUCAUUGACCGGGGUAUUGCCCUUCACAAGAUGAUCCGGCUCAUCACACACGGUCUUGGUGGUGAAGGCUAUCUCAACUUUAUGGGCAAUGAGUUUGGCCACCCAGAGUGGCUGGACUUUCCUCGAAUUGGUAAUAAUGAGAGUUAUCACUAUGCACGGAGACAAUGGAAUGUGGUCGAUAACGAUCUGCUCAAGUACCAGUUCCUGAAUAAUUUUGAUGCUGCGAUGAACAAGCUUGAGGACAAGUAUGGCUGGCUUCAUGCUGAACCAGGAUACACGAGCACCAAGCAUCAAGGGGAUAAAGUGAUAGUAUUUGAGCGUGGAGCCUGCGUCUUCGUCUUCAACUUCCACCCCAGUCAGAGCUAUAGUGAUUACAAGAUUGGUGUGGGUGCUAGUGGAAAAUACAAGAUUGUUUUAGAUUCUGACGAUGAAGCAUUUGGUGGACACAAGCUUAUAGAUCAUAGCACUGAUUUCUUCACUAAAGAAGAACAAUUCAAUAAUCGACCACGCUGCCUUAUGGUGUACAUUCCAAGUCGUGUUGCCAUCGUACUGGCAAAAGUUGACUGAAGGUAAUAACCACAAUGUAAAUGUAAUGUGACAAAUGAUGCACAUACAGCGUCUACAGAGAUGUAACAAUAAUGGAAUCUCUUCGCAAUUCAAAAUUUAAAUAAAAUUGUCACUACUUUUGUCACGGGGGUAAAUAACAAAAAUGUUCUCUAGUAUUCAGUAUGAUAGAUGUAAACAUGUAUUGUAAGUGUUUUGUUGAUCACAAACACUUGAGAUUGUGUUCAGUUUGGCUAGGUUAGGUUAGAUCAGGGUCGGCUCGGCUCGACUGUUAUUUCCGCCUCGUGAAAAUAGCAACUGGUGCUCUUUCACAGUACCCUGAUCAACCAUAAAAUUGGGUAUACUUUGUAUUCUCAGAUUUCAUUCUUUGCUUAACAGUAUGUUUUCAGUUGUGGUUUGUACUUUCAUCUGUUUGUUAUUGUAUGUGCCAACAGGUCUGUUGUGGUGCUUCCCAAUUUGUAUGUUUCUCUUUUCAUUAAUUUAGAGCAUCUUGUAUAUUUUUGUCAAAUAUGAUUUAUUUUUUCAUGUAUAUUUAAUUUUAGGAGUUGUGCGAUUGCUGCUUGUGUGGUAUUUGACACAAAAUGUUGGGCAUGGUACAUACUCUUUAUUUUACUUGAACUGAACAAAUAUAAUGUGGGUAUUGACUAAAAUACAUGACAUCAAGAAGUUAUUUGUUGACAUAAUGCACAGUUGUUUAGAACAUUGUGAAUGGUUUGUAAGCAAGUGAAUGUAAUAAGGAAAAUAUUUGUACUGUAUUUUCAAAUUUGUUACUGUUGAGUCUUAGUAGCAGCUAAGCUGCAAUGUUAUACAGGUAUGUUAAUAUAAACGGUUUGGCCAAAUGUUUUCUAGUCGUUUUUUUCUUUUCGUCAUUGUUACUAGAAGAUGUAUGCGUAGAUGUUGCAUGUUAGUUUAUGGUAAUCGCUCUGGACUAGGUGCACCGAGUAUUACCAUGUUUAGUAAAUUGUAAUAUUCAUAAUCUCCUGAUUACUUUUUUUUUAGACUGCACUGAACAGAUUUGUUUGAUUUUAACAUGUUAAUCAAAAGUAGGUACUAUGAGCAGCUUAACAUAAGAGUUGUCUCAGUGUAUUCACCUAGUUAUAUUCACCUAGUUAUGCUUGCGGGGGUUGAGCUCUGCUCUUUCGGCUUGCCUCUCAACUGUCAAUCAACAAUUUUGAAGAGGGCACUUCCUUUGAUUCAAAAAUGGUAUUUUGCAUUUUUGUAUUUGUGCAAUAGAUGCAAUACACAAGACAUUUUAUUUUAUUUAAAAAAUUUAAAAUAUUAUGAUGCUGUAUUAAAUUCUUACUUAGAUGCACUUUGAUAAGGAAUUGUCAUAUAAAUUAAAGCAUCAACGGCAAAAAAAAAAAAGUUAGUUUCUUAUUGUUGGAGACAGGAAACCUGUUUAUUAUCAAGGUCUGCCUCGCUAAUUAAUUAUUCCUCAAGGUUGUGACAGUGAACAGUUGGCAGAUUUCCAUGCAUUGUACCCAUUACUGUAAGGUGAACAGAGGCAUUGUGCACAAAAAAAAAUGUAUCAAACACAUUUUCCUGCCUAGUAGGGAAAUCCAGGAUCAAUCAGUUGUAAGUCAAGGGAGCUAAACUUGUGAAGCAUCCCACAUUCGGAUAAACAAACCCCAUCCCUGAAAUGGAUACAUUUGUUGUUAAAUUCCAUAGCCUUCGGGCUUGGUGCCUUCUUUUUGAUAAUUGUUGUUAAAUGGGUCUAGAACAGGACGAAAUUUGUUCAGACAAACCAGAGAUUCAUUCCAUUACAGUUCAUUCAAGUGAAGUUGCACUUCACUUCAUGUUUGAACUUGGGAUAAGCCAAAGUAUGUCAUUUCUUUAACACUUUCUUGGAAAAAUGUGCACUUGUGGCAUCCACAAAUAAUAGGCAAGUUUCAGUUUUGUGCUUUGCAUAAGGAAAGAGUGUACCUUGUAAAAUGUCGUAAAUCUCUCUAUCAUGGUGGUGUUCUGUUAUCUGAAUUAUGGAAAGUUUGACAUAUUUAAGAAGUUAAAUCUGCAGAAAUUAGUCGAUUAUUAAACCAUCAUUUGAAGAGAUUUUUCCAGAACCUGGAAAUUUGUAAUUUUUUAAAGUUGUAUUUUUCAGUCCUUUGAAAAUGCAAGGCAUGAUGCAUUAUUAUCCUGUACUGUGUGGAACUGUUUGAAAACAACAGUAAUUCGGGGCAUAGAUGACUACUGAAAUAGAAACAUAAAAAUGUAAAUUUAUAUAUCAUACCAAGAAUGUAUUCGAAAGCAUUUUGUUUUGUUUUGGGCUUGUAAACUCCUUUUGGUUAGGUUUAGGUUAAAUUUUAAAUUAGACGUUUGGUUUGAUUUAAUGAUUUUAUGGCUACGUUGCCGCCACAAUUUUUGUUUCUUGGCCCAUCCCCCCCCCCCCAAACAAAAUAAUUAUGCAUCUAAAUAAGUUGUGGGUGAAUCUUUUAACCCUAAGGUUAAAAUUGUAAAUUUUAAAAAUUGCCUCAAACUAUAUAAUCAACCAUAAUUAUGGUCUGAUCUUAAGCCUUAAUUUUAUUAAGGAAACAGCAGUAACGAUUAUAACUAGAUAAUAAUUGUAAAAAUAUCCUUAGCCAUUUGCAGACUUUGGGCAUCAACAUAUUGAGUAACUUUAUCAAAGGUCAUUAGCAAAGUUCCACUUGCUGCCAAAAUAUGGUUGUUUUAUGAAAGCCAAAUAUUUUGACAAACCCUGGUUAUUUGCUAGCAAAUGCCAGGUGAAAACAUAAUUGUUAAAUGUAUUUUGUUGAAUUAUGUAAAUGAGUUAUAUAAAAACAUAAAUACUGUAUAGCAUUCUAUGAGCAAUUCUGAUAUUUCUAAAUAGGGCCAUCGCUUCCUUCAUGUCCGAACUGCAUCGUCCCUCUAACGGUCAUGCAUAUCGCUGUUGGGUGCCCUGACUUCCAGGACAUGCGUGUGUCUUGCUUCCCGACUGUUCCUCGCCGUCACUUGUCUCUCGAUAGAAACCUUGGUGAAUCGGAUCCCUACAAUAUCAUUUGCUUUGUACACUUUUGUUCUCGUAUUGGCAUCCUUAGUGAUAUUUAGCACCUUUGAUGGUGCUACAUAGUAUUUCUGACUUGGUGACUUCUUUUGAUAACUACUUAAUUGAAUUAAUUUGGAAUAGUAAGAUAGUCUUUUGAUAACUACUUAAUUGAAUUAAUUUUGAAUAGUAAGAUAGCCAAUUUUCUGUAUGUUAACUACCAACUACUGUAUACUGAUUGGUGAUAACACCAAACUCCACAACAAAAGUCAAAGGAGCAUUAAACCAACACUUAAAGUCUAGGUGUAACAAUAACAAGGAUGCAAAUUGGGGGGCAACCGUGUGGCCACAAUAGUGUUGCAUAUUAAUUGAUGCCCUAUUUUUUUAACAAGGCCCCAUCAGUUAUUUCUUGAGUUGUCUCCCCAAGGUAUUGUCUUCCUUCCAUAAGGAAAACUAUAUGGAAGUAGAACCUUGCAUAAGGAAGUACAGUAGAACAUUUUGAGAAUUGAGCAAGAAGAGAGUUGCUAAGGAAAAGUGAACCUUGCAAGAAAGCACCCAAAAGCUUCCUGCAGCUAGUACUGUUGGAGACCAGGGACCAGAUUCACAAAGCAGUUACGCAAGCACUUACAUACCUGUACACCUUUUCUCAAUCUUUGGGGGCUUUGUUUACAAUUAUUAAACAGUUAAUGAGCUCCGAAGCACCAGGAGGCUAUUUAUAACAAUAACAACAGUUGAUUGGGAAGUUUUUAAAAAAAAAAUGGAAAAAUAGAGAGAAUUAAGUGAUGAAAAAUAUGGUGCAUCAGAAAGACCUUGAAACACUCAUUCUAUUCAAGCAUGAAUUCACUGUAUGCUUUUAGUGGCUAGUGAUGUAACCAUAGAAGUUAAUUGACAUUAUAGCACAGGUUUAAUAGUUGCAGUAAUGCCACAGUAUUGUAUUCAGGUAAUCCAGUCAUCAGAAAAGUUUUGCUCUAGUAGACUUAUCUUCUGUCAACUUUGUUUACUGGAUUGUGGUUUUGUGUUCAGCAUAAUGGUAGUUUAAACAAAGAUGUUAUUUUACACUGUUUUGUAAAUAUGAAAUUAAUCGUUAAAUUCCAUUCACCUGGGCUCAAGGAAACUCAAACCGAGGACCUCACACAUGAGGCUGAAGCUCUAUCAACCGAGCUACUUUGUAUUAACUUGAGUUACCUUGAGUUAGGAAUAAAGGAAUGUAUCUUUCCACGGAAAUGUGGAUGAUAAUUUUACUUGUUAAACUUGACAAAAUGUUCCAUAUUGUUAAGGCAAAUGCUUUAAGUUUGUAUAUACUGUAAUAUACAGUAUUUAACAAUGUAACAUAGAUUACAAAGUUCCUUUUGUGCAGUUUAAAGCACUAGGGAUUUUUUUAUGUACAAUUUGGAGAUGGGUAGGGUUCAUGAAACAAUUCAUAAUUUGUAUUAACUUGAGUUGGUGUUUAAAUAGUUUAUAAUUACUAUACUGUAAUCUAUUUGUAGAUAGAACUCCAGAACGACACUGUGACAACCUUAGUAAUGUGGCCUAAGAGACCACUGUCACCUAGAAGGGAUCAUUUCUUACCUUCAACCUGUUUGCAUUUUAUUUUUGUAACAAUAGAUGCUUCCAUUAUCUGCCAAUUGCCUAAUAUUAGAAUAUAUAUUGAGAGGAAGUUAUGUGCUGUAAUGAACCAUCAUAGUAUCAUUUAAACAUGUCAACAUCGCUAUUUCCCCAUGUAAGGUAUAUUUUAUUAGCAAGUUAUUUUAUUUAUAAACAGUACUGUAUUGAGAAGUUAGCAAAGCUGCACUGAAAAAGCCGAUGUAAAAAAUUUGUCAAUGUAUUCUAGGAUGCGGCAAUUUAAAAUAAUUGUUAAGAUUCAAAGAUGUAAGCUUUCUAAAGCUAACAUUUCUUCUAGUAGAAGAAGCGUGUAGGAUUUGACACAUUUCCUUUUGUAUGUGAUGGGAAUCUCAAGGUUUCAAAGAUGAAAUUGAAAUGGAAUAUUGAAGCUGCAGGUUUGAAGGUACUGUAUGCAUUAUUUAUAUAUAAAGUGGACCAUUCUUUUAAAAAAUUCCAAUUUAUGCUCAAAUGUAAAUAACAAAAUUAACAUUCUAUGAUGAACAAAUAUAUAUAUGAAGUGUAAAGCAUAUUCUUGUAGCAUAAAAUUUAACAAAUGAUGUAAAUGUACUGUAUAUAAAAAAGGCAUAAGAAAUAUAUGAGAAACUGUAUAUCAGUAAAUCA